AUGUAUCCCAAGGAUCGGAUUCGGGACAAGACACAACAGAUGCCACCGAACCUGAUGACGCUGUUCGCCCACGUCAUGAGCCGGGCCAACGAGGGGGGCAGCCGGGGGUCCGCCGCCGCCCACGGCUGGGACGAGGUGCUCAACGCGGCGGCGUCAUCGUCGUCCUCGUCGCCUUCGUCGACGACGUCAUCGUCCUCUUCCUCUUCCUCGGGCACGAUAUCGCCGGGGCCGUGCUGCCCGAUGAGCGCGCAGGACUGGCGCAAGGCGGAGGCCUUCAGCGUCCACCUCCAGUCGCUCCUUGCGGCGCGCGACGCCCUCUGCGGCUCCAACGGGAGCAGCAGCAGCAGCAGCCGCGGCGCUGGAGCAACCACUGGUGGCAGCGGGCAGAGCAACGGCGCAUCAUCGUCGUCGUACUACGGUCCCCAGUCCGGAGCGGAGGGGCGCUGCAGCCCCGCCUCCUCCGGCCCCGCCGAUGGGCGAGAACCCUCCCCGUUUCCAGGCGGAAGGAAAGACUCGACGCCCCACGCCAACGGCAGGGCGAAGGGCGGCCGGGCAAAGGCCCCCGCUGCCCCUUCCGGCGCGGCCGCUACGCCCAACAACGCGGCCGGCACGGCGUGGCCUCAGCACGUCCCCGGAGCGACCCCCAAGGAGUCGUCGUCGCGAGGCGGCGGGGAGGAGCCCUCGGCGCCGAUCAAGGCCGUGGGGCGGGUGGCCGUUUCUCGCAGAGUAAACGGCGGCGCUGAGGGCGCCGUCGCGUCGCUGGCGGUGUCUCGGGCGGGCCCGGGGGCGUUCGAGACGCCAGCCCACUCCACCUCUCACCACCACCACCACCUCCACAACGUCCACCACCACGCCGACCGGGCGGGGGCGGCCGGGGUGCCGGGCACCGUGGAUAGCAGCGGCGGCGGCGGCGGCGGCGGCAACAACAGCCUCAGGGGGAGGGAACACUCUCCCUCGAGGUACCCGGCGCGCUUGAGAAGCCGCAGGUUUCCCCAGCUGGGAGGCGGCGGCGAAAGCCCCGAAUCCCAGCCUCCUCCUCACCACCAUCAUCGGGCGGGGGAUGCCGGAGCGGACGGCCUCGAGGGUCACCAAUCGCAGGGAGGGAGGCGCCUCAGCCCCCGCCACUCUCCCCCCGCCUCGGUGGGGCGUGAGCACGGGCGCGGGAUUCCCUCGGACGCUCGCCGCCAGCACAACGCGCACGGUUGGGUCGUCACGGCGGGAGCGGAGAAGAGGGCAGCGGGCGCGGGUGGGGGCGGCAGCGGGAGCGGGAGCGGGAGCAGGGGGGAAGAAGAAGGCGGCGUGUUCACCCACGACGGCGGCCGCGGACACGAAGGCGGCGGCGGCCGAGCGGGCGAGGGCUACGGGAUGAGGACGCGCGCCGCCGCACCCAAGGGCUCGUACGAGCUAGGCCCGGCGGCGGUGGCCUCGUCGGGCCCUUCCUCUUCGCCCCUGCCGGGCGCUUGCACCCCGCAGAUAACCACCGGCGCAGUCGUCUCCCCGGUGCCGAUGGACUUCCGGCCUGCGCCGCCACCCAUCAUGAGCGCCGCCGCGGCCGCCGCCGCCGUCGCCGCCGUCGCCGCCGGCCGCCCGAGCCCUCGGGCGGAGGUCGCUGCCCCGAGACCCCGACAGGUUCUCCAGGGCGGCGGGAGGUCCGGCGGGCGGGCGGCCCCGUUGCCGCGGUCCUCCGUCGGAGGCCGCAACUACACGGACAACCACGUGAAGCAGCUUGGGCUGAUCGAGGCGGCGGUGGUGGCGAGCGCCACGGCGCGGGACCGGGCGACGUACAACCUCCCGAGGCAGGGGCGGACCCUGACGCUCACGAAUGUGUUCAAGUUCAUCGCGCUGCGCGGCGCGGGCGCGAUGUACCGCCUGGCCAUGGACAAGCAGGUGGAGGCGCACACUGGGCGGCACUCCAACUUCUUCGACGGCAAGAUCGACGCGCGCAUCGUCGGCGUCAUCAAGAAGGACAUCGGCGACGAGGCCAUCACCAAGUCGCGCAAGUUUUCAAAGAUUUUGCUCUCCCUGGUCGCUGAAGGAUGCACCCACCCGGACUGCGACUGGGACCACACUUCGUUCACCUCGGAGAAGAUCGCCAACCUCCAGGCCAGGAUGGAGGCGAGUACGGGCACAAGCGCCCUCAAGUUUUGCGCCGACCCCGCCGUCUUCCUCGCCGCCGCGGCAGCGGCAGCGGCAGCAGCAACCCCUUCAGGGUCGUCGUCCGCGCGCGGCGGUGGAGGAGGAAGCGGUUGCGGUAGCGGUAGCAUUCCGUCUUCCCCGCUCAGCGGGAGCGCCUUCGCCGGGGGUGGUGCCUCCAGUGCGGCGGCGGGCGGUGGCAGCAGCAGCGGCAGCAGCGGCGGCGGGGCGCACAGCAAGCGGAGGCUUGACCUGGGCAGGGACGACGACGGGGGGCAGACCCCGAGCCCACGCUUGAAGAAGCUUAAGCGCGCCGCGAGGGCCAGGGUGACCACCGCGGGUUCGGCAGCAGCUGACGGCGGCGUGGAGAGCACGCCGACAGCGGAGGGAAAUUCCAAAUCGCCACCCAAAGAAGAAGACGACAUGCGUGCCGCCGAGGUGCUGCAAGGGCUCAAGGACAUCGUCGGCAGCCAGUAGGCCCGCUUCGUUGGCGACACUACGUGAUGGAUGGGCACGCGAGGAGCGCAUGGGAGCAAUGACUAGAGCUUUCACUGGCACCAUGCAGCUCGGUGCGCGCGGAGGGUGGGUGAAAGGAGAAUGAGAAUUUGGUUUUUAUCUUGCAGGGGAAGUCAUGUUUUACAGGCGGUGUUUCCAAUACGUUUAUCGAGCAUGGGCCGGAGCGACGCGAUACUGGUGCUGUUGUUGUCCUAGACUGCUGUGCCCUCGAGCCAACGAGUAACAGGAACCGGGCGAGGAACGUAUUGGGGAGAAUCGCGCCGCGCCCCAAGACGGAUCGUGCCCCGCUUCCUAUUACGCUCGAAUCUCUUCGCUUCCUUUUAUUCUUUUAGCCUAUUGCUCGCGGGAACAUCGUUGAGUGGGCCGGGUACUACGGGGAUACGGGCAGGCGUCCGGUAUACUGGUGGAACAGUCUUGUGUUCGGGCUAUCUCGGCUGCUCGACCACAAGCAAGCAACAAUAACUCGGGAAAGGGUAAAUAUUGGGGGUUCAGUUGGCGAGAAACUUGAAAGAAGGCUCUACGGUACGCUUCCGGUCUUGUUGGUCUCGAGAUUGGGCAACAAGGACCAUAUUUCUAAUUUUGCGAGCUUGAAGAUAUGUGUGAGAAAUAAAUCGGGACGCAACACACAAAUAAAAAAUGAGUGUGGUGGCUUCUUUUGGAGGGUCGUACGUAGCUGCAAAGUGUGUUUGUUCGAAGAGGGGACGAACAGAGCAGAUGGUAGGUGUUUUUUGUAGGUCUUAAGGUGGCGGGGGUUCUUGGCGAUCCCAUCCGUCCGAAGGACUUGUUUACUGGUCGUUAUCGCUGGGGUGGUGGAGGGACGAAGGGGAGAUAGGGAGGAGGAGAGAUGGUCAUUUCCUGUUCUUUAGCUCCAGGCGUAAAAGCGGCGAAAAGAAAGAAAAAAAAGGUUUUAGCAUGAAUGAUAUGGUACGGCAUGGCGUGCGGUCGGUGGUCUGCAGACGCUUCUUGGUUAGGCGCUGGCGGACCUAGGGUUAAUUAAGGGGUUGGAAAAGAGACUGGCUGUCUUAAACAGCUACGAAGCCAAGAGGUCUGGCCUGGCAGGAACGAACACGAACCCGCCCGACCGAUAGUGGCACGGGUUGUGUUCUAAAUGCACUAUGAAAGGGGCUGUGCGAAUAAAUUGUGAAAGAAUGCACGCAUUGAAACGUGUUUUUCCUGUGUGAUCCGGGAUGGGAGCUCUUCAGUAAUAGUGGAAGCAAGGCCGUACAGGGCGGGAAAAUAUAACUGCGAACGGAGUACAGU